AUACAUGUGAAAAAGGUCUAGCAUUUCUGAUCCUAAUAAUCACUUAAUACAUUUGAUUAGACGCAUGGCUUUUCUGCUGAGUAGCCUGGUACUGCUUUUAGGAGUCCUAGGAACCAACUCCCUAUGGACAGUAAGCAAGAUAACGGCUCAGAGUGGAGGAUCUGUCACCAUUCCCUGUCACUACCAUUGGCUUCAUAAGAACUUGGAAAAGUUCUGGUUCAUAGGCAAGAACUGGCUUUCUUGCUUGAAACUGCGACCUACCAACCAAGAGAAGCGACCCGGCAUCAGCUAUUACAACAACCCAGAUGAACUGGUAACAACCCUGACCAUGACAAACCUGCGCAGCAGUGAUUCGAACCGCUACUGGUGUGCAGUCCAAACACGAGGUUCCUAUCUCAGAAUAUCUCUAGAACUUACCGUCACUGAGGGUACUCCAGAUCUGUCAGCAGCCAGCAACAUGGUGUCAGGUGAAGAGGGCGGCAAUGUUACUGUACAGUGUCUCUACAGUGACAAAUUUAAAAAUACCGAGAGAAAAUGGUGCAGAAGUGGAGAUCUGCACUCCUGUCAAACGGCUCAGGAUAUAGAGCCAUCCCUUGGUGCAGCUCAACAGAUAAAUGAUACAAAUGAUGGCGUUUAUACAGUGACACUGACAGGGCUGAAGAAGAAAGAUGCAGGCUGGUAUUGGUGUAUGGCUGGGGAUGUGCAGGUUCCUGUUCAUAUCAAUGUUGAUUCAAGACAACCCAUUACAGAUGCCAACACAAGACCUUUCAUGUUUACGACAGCACAAUCUUUCACUUCAUCUAACUCUUUUGAUGUACACAACCAUAAUUCAGGAGCAACACUUGCACCCACACAAUCAAAAUUACCUGAAAGUACAUCAGUUCAGACAGAAAAAACUGACCAGACAUCCUCGGCAUCACCGGAGCAGUUUCAUUCAACGACACAGUCCUCAUCCUAUCCAACCACAAUGGAGAACUCAAAACAUGACCCAUCACACAGCAGUAGUACUGUUAGGACAACACUAACCAGCAGAUCAACAACUCUUCAUGUUGACAGUAACUCUACUGUGUUUUCAACCACUGCUGCUACGCUGACGGCGUAUGCGCCCAAACGGAAGAAGACCGUCUACAUUCUUAGCAGCAUGCACAGCGUGAUUCAGACUGAUAAUACCACCAAAAGGAAGCCAAACACUGUCACCCUUUACAACACCACAAAGUGUGGCAUGGAUGUGAUUGACCAGAUGGUGCGGGAGUACACUGUCCGCACAGGGACACGGCGUUGGCCAGUUGCCAUGUUCUAUAACAUGAUUGACAUGGCAGCACUGAAUGCACAUGUGCUGUAUCAAGCAUGCACCGGAAGGCAGGAAAGAUGGGUGGACUUCCUGGUGGAGCUUGCAAGAAAGUUGGCUAACUCUCAUAUGUGUGCGAAGAAGGCAAGAAAAGAACAAUUGCUUCGGGCACAACCCUCCACACCUAGCCCUGGAAAAAGAGCCAUGUGUCAGGUCAAACACCAAUGCAAGAACAAUCAUGCCACUGUGCGAUGUGUUCACUGCUACAGAUACACAUGUGGUAAAUGCAGACGGGAGAUACCAUGGCAGUGCCAGGAUUGUGAGUGA